AUGGGCGACGAGCAGCUGACCGAGGAGCAGAUCGCCGAGUUCAUUGAGGCCUUCUCGCUGUUCGACAAGGACGGCGACGGCACCAUCACCACCAAGGAGCUGGGCACCGUGAUGCGCUCGCUCGGCCAGAACCCGACCAAGGCGGAGCUGCAGGACAUGAUCAACGAGGUGGACACCGAGGGCAACGGCACCAUCGACUUCCCCGACUUUUGCACGCUCAUGGCGCGCAAGAUGAAGGACACCGACUCGGAGGAGGAGCUCAAGGAGGCGUUCCGCGUGUUCGAUAAGGACGGCAGCGGCUUCAUCUCCGCCGCUGAGCUGCGCCACAUCAUGACCAACCUCGCGGGCGCCGAGAAGCUGACCAACGAGCAGGUGGACGAGAUGCUGCGCGAGGCCGCCAUCGACGGCGACGGCCAGAUGAACUACGAGGAGUUUGUCAAGGUCAUGAUGGGGGAGGGGAUGAUGGCGCCGACCGCCAGGCCGCGAGAUGAUGUGUGCGUGGUCAUGUAG